AUGGCUUUAAAGGAAGAAGUUGUCAUAGCAUUCAAGGAAGAAGAGAGAGGACCAGCUCUGGAACAUUAUGACCCAUAUCCUCUUUACCAAGGCAUGCUACUUGAGAUAUCAAGGAAGAGAGCUCAAAAGCAAGAUGAAAAGGAUCUUAAUGAGAUUGAGGGAGUCAUUAUCCCAACUAAACUUGAAGAUCCUGGUCCAUUCAAUCUGCCUUGCUCCUUCAGCUAUCUACACUACAAUAAGUGCUUGUGUGAUUUGGGAGUAUCUAUCAGUGUGAUGCCUUACUCAAUAGCACAGAAACUUGGGCAAACUGAACUCAAGACUAGCAACCUCUAUAUAAUCAAGUUGGGCAAAGCUAGGAUUUCUACAGAUUUUGUGGUAAAAGAUAUGGAUAAGGAGCUGGAAGAUCCUAUUAUCUUGGGAAGACCUUUCCUAGCCACUGAUGGAGCUGUAAUAGAUGUCAAGGAGGGAUUGGUAACCUUGAACAUAGUUGAGGAUGUGAUCAUGAAAUUUGAUAUCAACAACCCAACCAACUUGCCCUCUAAGUAUCAGCAUUUUGUUCUUAAUGACAAGGGGGUCAUGAGAUCUCAAGUGAAGUGGAAACUCCCAGGGUUAAGCUCUCUUCUCAAGAGGAAUCAGUUGAAAAGCUCAAGGGUUCAGUUCAGGAGUUGA